GUCUACAAGGAUUCGAAGGUGGUUCUGAAAGGUAUUAAGCAUGGUACCUUAUAUCUUCUAUAAGGAUCUGUCAUUGUUGCAUCAUCUGAGAUUCAUAGAGGUGAUGAAAGUCUUGAUGUUGAGGUGGAGGUUCCUUCUGCACGGAUUGAGACUGUUGAUCACCUUGAAGAAUCAUUUGUUUCUACGCCUCAAUGAGGCAAUCUGCGCCCCAGGAAGGGGAUCUGGCCCGUAUGGGGCAAUUUGAGCCCAUGAAGGGCAAUCUGGGCUUUAGGAGGAGUCAUCUGGAUACUAGGUUGGUGUCAUCUGUUUCUGUUCAGGUUCCAUGAAGAGUCAUUUGGACUCAAGGUGGAGUUUGCAUCUGUUGGUGUUUUAGCUUGAGUUAUCUGUUCCCAUGAAUGAGGGAAAUCUAUUUUGGUGUGUCACAACACUUCUGUUGAGUUCACUUUGUUAGACAAUUAGCCAAUGCAAAAGACGGUUUCUUGCUUGAAUGCCAGAUAUACACAUUACAGGUUCCCCAGGUUUCCAGCAACUGUCAACCCUAUUGAGAAAAAGAAGAGGAAUAAAGAAAAGAUCAUUUUGAAUGUAAACUCUGGUGUUGGAACCGUUGUUUGCUGCCAAAGUACUAGCCACCCCUUACUGGAACCAAACAGCUUUGCUGGGAAUGUAGGUUUCUUAUACGAGAGAGAAGUGCUUAUGUGGUCCACGAAUGACUUUAUUUUUUCAUAUAAGGUUUCUUCAGUGGAAAGUUUUGGUAAUGUGCUCGUGAAGUCUCCAUCUCGGCAUGAUUUUGACCAGAGGAAUAUGUUUUGUUUGUAUCUUUACCCUCCACAUGAUACCCCUAAGAAGCUAUUCAGAAGGGAUUUUGUAUUUAUUGUUGACACAAGUGGAAGCAUGCAAGGGAGGCCAAUGGAGCAUGUGAAAACUUCAUUGCGCUCAGCCCUCUCUAAACUUGGUCCAGAAAACACCUUCAACAUUAUUGCUUUCAACGACAUGACCUUACCAUUCUCAUCAAAGAUGGAGCCAUCUACUGAGGAAAAUAUUGAAAAUGCAAUCCAAUGGAUAAGCAUAAAUUUUGUACCCAACGGAAGCACUAAUCUUUCACGGGCUCUAGAUCAGGCAAUGAAGAUGGUUUCUAAUCCCAGGCAUUCAAAUACUGUUCUUUUUGUUAUUACUGAUGGGGCUGUUGAAGAUGAAAGACAAAUAUGUGAAGUCAUAAGAGGCCAGCUGUUAAAAGGAGGCGCAAAUAGUCCUCGGAUAUGCACAUUUGGCAUUGGUUAUUAUUGUAACCACUACUUCUUACAAAUGCUUGCAAGUAUUGGAAGAGGUUAUUAUGAUGCUGCAUAUGAUACAGAAUCAAUCAGUUCUAGGCUGGAAAGGCUCUUUGACAGUUCAUCGUCAGCCAUCCUCGCUGAUAUAAAAAUCGAUGCUCUGGAACAUCUAAAUUCACUUGAGCUGUACCCAAACUCUAUUCCAGACCUGUUGUGUGGGAUUCCAUUCAUUGUAUAUGGCAGAUUCUAUGGGGACUUCCCUGACAAGGUUAAAGUUAACGGAACAUUACCCGAUUCAACCAACUUUGAGAUGGGAGUGGAAGUGCACAAAGUGAAUGAUUUUCCUCUUGAGAGACUUUUUGCGGGGAGAGAAAUAGGAAUACUGACAGCUCAGGCGUGGUUGACGCGAAGGAAAGAACUUGAGAAGAAGGUGGUGAAGCUAAGCUUGCUAACAGGAGUGGCUUCUGAAUACACAAGAAUGGUUUUAGUGGAGAGUGACAGGGGAAAUCAUAACGCCAAACCAGAGACUCUUAAAGAGGUAAUGACGAGCGAUUCGAAUGUGAAGAAGACGACAUACCUCCGAGGAACAGGGGUCGGGUUCGGUAACUUGAAGGCAACGGCGGGGAACCUGCCGCCGGGAGCAGCAGCGGCGAAGCGGCUGCACCAGACGGAAGCCGCGGCAUUUGCUGCCAAGUGUUGCAGCAAGGCGGUGGACCGCUGCUGCUGCUGCAUGUGCUUGCUUCAAAUAUGCUCGAAGCUCAGCGACCGGUGUGCCGUGGCCUUCACGCAGCUCUGCGCCGGGCUGGCUUGCUUCGAGUGCCUCAGUGUUUGCUGCGAUCUCUGCGACUUGUAAAUUCCUUGUACGGACAUUUUGUGAUCACGCCACUUGUAUAUUCAUUGUUACUCUCAUUCAUGGCUUCAAUAAGUUUCAAAACAAUUC